CUUAUAUGUGUUGACCUAAGGUCCUUAGCUCCCAACCAAAAUAUCGAGUUAGGGGUCAUUAAUGGAGUUGUGGGAAAGCUUACUAUCGAGGAGUCUAAAAAGGCUGUUCCUACAAACACAUUACUACCAACUAUAGUUGGGUUGAAGUCUGGAGACACCCAGACCGAGUUUUACAAGUAUAUGACUUCUCAAAAGCUGGUAUCGAAAUAUUGUUCAAGGAUCAGAGACUCUGAGCGGAUUUUCGUACCAAUCUACUUGGCCCUUCACGUUGCCCUUAUGGUCGUUGAUAUAAAAAUUCGUGAAGUUGCAAUUUGGGAUUCAUACAAAAAACAUACUAAUACCCCCGAUCUGGAGGCUAAAGCAAAACAAAUUGUAACAAUGUUGGACGUUCUAUUUGGUAAGGACUUUAGUGGUAUUCUUGAUGAUGACCACCCAUUUCAACACUUUCCCAUUCAGUUUGUAGUGGAGGCCCCUCAACAAUCCAAUGACGAUGAUUCUGGUAUGUUUGUUGUGAAGUUGAUGAAAGGGGCAACAUCGCUAGACAAGGCGGCA